AUUUAACAAGUAUAUUUCCACUUAAAACUGAAAGAAUAGAACAGUAAACACAAGUGUUACACUUGGAAGUGUAGAUACAUGCAAUACUCGGAGUGCCAAAUAAUAAAUAUUUUACUGCGUUACGAAGCAAAGGUGAAAAAGGUACUUCAGGAUAUUAUCUAAAAAUAGACAACGCUACUUUUUCUGUCGAUUAGAUUUGUAUGUAGUACAAGAGGAUACAACGAAUGUGUUGCUUUUGAGUUACAACAAAGCCGAAAAACAACGAUGACGAAGACACAUGUACAUAUAUUUAUUCUACACCUAUGUGUGGCAUUUACAUUCAGUGGGCGAUUCGAGCGGGUAGAAAAUAGGUUAAAGGCAAUUCAGACACUUUUGUUUCAGGACAUACAAGGUGUAAUAGAUGGCAUAGAUAAGAACUCUCAAAAAAUCGAAAAUCUACAAGAAAGUGUAGAUAAAAACACUUUAAAGAUGGACAGUCUACAAGAAAGUGUGGAUAAGAACACUUUGAAGAUGGACAGUCUGACUGAACUUAUCAAUAAAACAUUAUCAUUGGUUACACAUAUUACGGCACCAAUAACAAAAUCUAAAUACGAUGUUGAACCACACAAGAAAAUUGAAAACAAUCAAGAACACAACUCUACGCCUGCCAAUCUGGAUGUAAAAAGACUGCAACGAGCUUUCCAAGAGCAUAAAAUGUAUUCGUUAUCAUUGCAAGUAAACAUAUUGACCCAAUUUGAAAAGACUAUUCAAGACAACAAAGAUGCUUUUAGAAAUAUUUCUGAAAAUCUUGUUAACAUUAAAUCUCAAAUGAAAAUUGAGUUAGAUGAUAUUCGAUCGCACAUUGACAAUAUAGCGCUGGUGAUACCCGACGAACGUGUUAAUGUAGCACCGACAAGUUUAUCGUCUGCUGAUUGUGAUAACAUUCUCGUGCAGACUGGGGAAAUAUUAAGAGAAGUAAACAGAAGUCGAUAUAUAAUAUCAGACAGGUUAUCGGCCUUAAAGAUACCGAAAGGUCGGUUGGAUACAUCAGACCAGACUGUUGCAAAAUGUUUUAAAAUAGAAAAUAAUGCAGAAAAGGGUGUGUCGAAUGUGAACGAUCAUAAAUGUAUUGAUAAAAAUGCAAAACCGGGUGGAAAAUUUAAUUACCAUUGCGACAAUAAAAAUAUACGGCUAGGUGAUGCAUUUGUCACAGAAGUCGCAGUGGAAGGGCGUGUUGAGGUGCGAUAUAAUAAUCAUUGGGGUACAGUUUGUAGGUCGGGUUUUGAUCAUGGUGACGCUGAUUUAACAUGCAAGUUAUUAGGUUUUGCACGAGGGGUCGAGAGGACUACAAUUCGCGGAGGUUCUGGUCAAGUAUGGCUUUCUGUCGUAGAUUGUAAAGGAUAUGAAACGGAUCUGUUUGAUUGUGUCAGCCCUAUAGAAAUAGGUGCUAAUGACGUGGCCAUAAUAUAGACGCCGCAGUAAGAUGUUUUUGGUUGGCUUGAUAUGACCUAGUAAGAAAAUGCACUACACACAAGACCGGACGAUUUUAAAUGUCUGAAUGACCAAGACACACCUUUUAUUCGUAAUAUUCAGACCUAGCAAAGUUUUGUGAAUUGUGAAAACAAAAUAAAUCAUAUCUCAAUGUA